CGUUUUCUCAAACACGUAAUAUCACUAUAUGUACUGAGCAGCAACAUAGUAGGGAAAGUCACUACGAAAUAUCUGUCUUUUGAUCUGGAGUGUGUUCAGCACAAACGAUUAGGGUACAUGUACUGAAGAAGGUCAUAAAUCGAGAAAGCAACUUCCUCACCAAACAUUCAAGAUUUUCUACUACAUAGUGAUAAAUGAGAUGACCUUUCUGUUUGCACGUCUGAGCAUCAGAAAGAGCUCCUUUUGGAUGGAACCCUCAUUUUCUUCUUUAGUUUUGAGUGUGCUCUUCAUUCAAUGAAUAUCUAAGAGAACGCUAGCUUCCGAGAGAUAUACAUGUAAGUUUCCACUGUGUUCUUCACUUCAUGUAAAGCUGCCUCCGUUUUUCAACAAAGAAGGAUAACAUCGACACAAGUGCCGUUAGCAUAUAAAGUUGAUCUUCCGAUGAAAAACCAUACUAGCAGUCAUCAACAUCAACAUGGCGUUAUAGUCUCCAUUAUGAAUGAUUCAACACUCAGUUGAUGAGCAGCAGAUAGAUAAUUCAUCAUUAAUUACAUUUAUUGACAAAAAUAGAGGAAAGGACUCUGCAAUUUAUAACCCAACCAUGGCUAGUAACAGUACAGAGGACGGUAACCAAAAACCUAGCAACGGAGCAUCGGCUUCCACGGACGAUUCCACUAGCCAAGAGAGCUUGUUUGAAUGCAACAUUUGUCUUGAUACCGCCAAGGAUGCAGUCGUCAGUAGAUGCGGGCAUUUAUUCUGUUGGCCCUGUCUAUACCAGUGGCUUGAGACCAGACCAAACAGACAAGUGUGUCCAGUAUGCAAAGCAGGCAUCAGCAGAGACAAGGUCAUUCCAUUGUAUGGACGGGGGAGUACAAAUCAACAAGAUCCCAGAGAAAAGAUGCCACCAAGACCACAGGGGGAGAGACUCGAACCAGAAACACAAGGGCCCUUCCAAGGUUUUGGUUUUGGAGACGGUGGUUUCCACAUGUCCUUCGGUAUCGGUGCCUUUCCUUUCGGUUUCUUUGCUUCAACAUUCAAUCUAGGAGACGGCAGAGUAGGACAUCCACCCCGUCCACAAGUUCCUAGCAACCCGGAAGAGCAGUUUUUAUCCAAGGUGUUUCUGUGGGUGGCAUUUCUCUUUGUAUUCUGGUUGCUCGUCGCUUGAUACUUGUUGAGCCUCGAGGGACCACCUCAUUACUGCUUUGAGCCAAGCUUUCUUCAGGGACUCCUACGACUGCAUCGAUUUAGUGCAGUUAAAAUUCAUGUUUGUAUGUUUUCAGAAGGAUGGCGUAGUCUGGCUGUAGAUGGCGCUUCUCAAGAGCCUCACUCGACAGCACUGAAAAUGGUUUGUGGGCAAAACACACACACACACAUCUUCAUGUUUUCGAGCAAGUACCUUGCAUGGAAGGUGCGCUCUAGUGCAGCUUAUGGGCGAUUACAUGCAUUAUGUCUUGUAUGAUAUAUAAAGCCUCUUUUUCCCUUUUCAUUAUGUGAGGGGUAUCAGAAAUAACCAUUUACAGUCGAACGUGUCUAUAGCGACAACCCAAGGGAAACACAAAAAGUGGUCUUUGUAGACAGGUUCUUUUAGUACAUGUUUCAAUGAGAAACCAUUUUCAAGGGAAACAAAAAAUGUGGUCUCUAUAGACAGGUGGUCCUUGUAGACACGUGGUUGCUAAAGCAGGUUUGACUGUAAUAGUUGAUAAUCAUCUCAAGAAUUUCUGUGGAUGUUUUGAUAUUUCAUUUUGGGUUGAAAUCAAUAAAUGUCAUACAUGUAUGUUGUACGGGACACAUCGCACAGAAUCGCCCAUAUGAAACAUGUCACUGCCCAGUGAGAGUCUUUGACGCCUGAUCCUGACAACGUCAUGACUUCAACAUACAUGUAUAUGGUAUGGAAAGAGCAAAAUUCUUACCAAUAAACAAGAUUAUUCCAUGGCCAAAGAACGCCCGUCAUUAAAAGCACUCGUCAACAAUUUACUCAUAGUUUCAUUUUGGCACAUAUUGCAGUCAUUGCAGGUACAUAAAUUCUGUUGAAAGCAUUAAUGUAUUUCCCUAUACCUGCAGUCUUGCAAAUCCCUCAUAAUUACAGUGGCUACACGUUUACCGUCAUCUGUUUACAUAUAUGUGUUAAUUCUACUGCACUAAAUACACAUUAGCCAUUGUGGCUUGAUGGCAGUCCUGGUGAAAUUGGAAUUGUAUAUUGUUUGUGUCAAAUAUUAUGAUUACCGGUACAAUUGGAAAAAGCUUCUCUAGGGGGUGCCCUGUCGAAGCUUGCUAACUGUCUAUACAUGUAUAUGUUCAAUUUAGAUUAUAUGUUUUAUUUUAUAUUCUGAUUAUAUUGUAGUUUAAUUAAUAUACAAUUUCUUUUUCGUGGUAUACUCAGGGUAUGAAUUGGCAUGUCUAUUGGUAAAAGAAAAACAAAAUUGUGCAUAAAGCUGGGGCAUAUUUUGCUCAUGGUCCAGAUUUGUAGCAACACUGAAUUUUUGCUGUUCAAUAAGUAUUGCAAAUAUUUCUUGUCAUCAAAAUUCCUAAAAGGCCAAUGCCUACAAUUCAUGAAAGUUGUCUGGGUGUACCAUGUGAAAAUGGGUUACCACUUUGAAAAAGGUUGUGCAAAGAAAAGUAACCUGGAAGUAUUUGGUAUGUAUGGAAACCAUUAUCUUAAGCAUACAUGUAUAUUUUGUUACUUUGUUGAUAUUUGAUACAGUGAAUUUUGCUUGUCGGUACAAUAUAGUCUCAGUAUGCUAUAUACAAUCUUAACUUUGUAUUGUAGAGCUGUUCACAAUUUCUUGACAUAUCACCAGGUGCAAAACCAAUGGCAGCACAUUUUGAAGAGCUAAAAUGUAGUAUGAUUGUUAUUAUUUCUCAGAUGUAAUAUAUUCUUUCCCACAUGUAUGACAUUGUUGAAAUAUGGUGCUGUUUAAUUCCUCAUUUCCUGCAAACUGGAUGCCUGGGCCCCAUCUUAUAAAGAGUUGUGAUCGAUCCAAAUCAAACGCAAGUCCUCCAAUCAGUCACAUUUUGCAGUCCCCUAUCUCCCAUGUACAUACUUUCAAUUGAUCUUAGUCGUAAAUAAGUUGCGAUCAAUAUCAACUCUUUAUAAGAUGGGCCCUGGACUGCAAAACUAUUCUGUAGACUGUAUUUAUUCAAAAGUCGACUCCAGGGGGGCGUUUCACAAAACUUGUCAUCAGUGACAAAUGACAGUUCUCGUUAUAAGCUACUGAAAUCGUUGCUUCUGAUUGGUUAUCAGCAUAUUUUGUCACUGAUUUUUGUCAUUAGUCAUUGAAAAAAGGGCUUUGUGAAACACUCCCCAGCAGUUCAUUGCAUGUUCCAGAUUUCGACCAAAGCAGGAACAAAUUGUAAGAAAAAUGUUAAUAUGGGGCUUUGUGUAAUGAUUGGUGUUGCCUUAAUAUUUAAUGGCUGUCAUUAUUUUGUCAAAUUAUUUCAUGAUUGGUGAUGACGGUAUCGUGUAAUUAUUGGGUUCCAAACCAAGGACUGUUGUUGAUAAUGGGUUUUAAGUUAUAAUAGGUAUUAACCACUUCUUCAGCACUCAUUAUUUUGUCAAAGUAUUUCUUGUGAUGAAACACAGAAGAGGUUCAGGUUUGAUAAGUGAUGCAUGAUCUCAGUAAUUUGUUCUUUCUUCAAAAGCAGUGGAACAUAAAGAGAGUAGUGCAUAUCAUUGUCAUCCAUUUUGUUGUGAUAUUUCAUGGAGACUUUGUUUGCCGACCCCUCAAUUAAAAAUGAUGUAUCAAUUCCUGGCACUGAUCAAAUUGAAGGGCAAGACAUGAAGAGUUCAUGUAUAUAUUCUGCCAUUUCAAUUCAUCUUAUCUAUCAGCUAAUGACAGAAAAGUGUUCAAGUUAAAAGCAUUGGUUGUUUUGCAUAGCAUAUUAUUUUGAGUCUUACAUUUACUAUUACCUGUAGGAAUUUAUGGUUAUCCGACAUUUGUUCCAACAAGGUUCCAGACUUUAUUCAUCAAAUUAUAGGGUUAGGGUUGCAAUUGGGUUUUUUAGAUUACCCGAUAGAGUUUAGGGUCAGGUAUAGUGUUGGGUUAGUUUGGGAAAUGGACUUGAAUCAUUUGCCGCAGAAGCAAGCAUCGUAAAAGCAUGUCAGGAUGAAAGCUCAAUAUUUAUCUCCUUAACUGCUCAUCACUCGGCUAUUAUACUGUACGAUUUAUUACCUAAAUAUGAUGUAGCAGAUAUGUUUUCUUCUUAGUUUUCAAUAUUCAGUUGAAAUCCCUGCUGUGAUGUUUUAUUUAUUUUCUGUCAUUACCAGAAUUCAAGACUAUCUCCUUUUU